AGUCGUUAAGGAUGGCGGCGCAGUGGGCAUCUCUGUUCGUCUUCAACUUAUAGAUGCAAACUGGACCUGGGACGAGUGAUAAGUGACCCCGAUCAACAACGUGUAUCCUUUCAAAGUCAUGCGCCUGUUGACGUGUCUGUUCUCUGCGCUGAUUUUAUUCGAGAAUGGGAAAGCGAGUGGAGAGUUCUCUCCGCCCGGACAGCUUCUGCAUAUCAAUGACGGCAACUUUUCAAACCGGGAUCACAUGAAACAAGAGGCUUUUCAGCACCAACAACAAGGGCUCCAUCCCCUGUCAGAUUCGGCUUUUAACCUUAAGGUCCAGGUCAACAGCGUGCUGAGUCGUCAGUACCUGAGCCAGGUGGUGGUGGAGGUCUACAUCAACUACACCAGGACCAACACAGCUCUUACUGGGGAGGACGGCAGCGUUUUGCUUCAUGUACCUUACCAAGCUGGGAUGCCAAUCACAAUCGUGGCCAGCAAGGACGGCUACGUUUGCACACUGCUGCCUUGUCAAACCAACAGAAUGCCAAUAUUUUCGUCGGUGACCGUGUCACUGCUUGGUCUGAAUCAGGGGAACAUCUGGCUCUUUGAUGAUUCUGUCCUGAUCACUGGCAAAACAUCUGAUGCUUCAUCGAAGCCCAUUGUGCAGUUUCCCAAGAGCCUGCUGAACCUGACAGACAGCAGUAAUGCCAGCUCUGUUAAAGCCUACCUGACCAUCCCCAAGCUGCGGUCAGAGGACCACAGCUUUCUUUACACUUUGGGCAUCAUGAGCAGUACAUCAGGAUACGUGAGUGUGGAGUUGAGUCCGGUGGCAGCUGUCAGUGUGCAGCUGUUCUCAGGAGACACAGAGUUACAUGUGAGUGGGCCCGUACAGAUCAGCCUCAGCAUUCCUGACAGCUGUGGACUUCAGACCUCCAACGUUGUUCCGGCGUGGUUCUUUAACCGCACCACUGGUGGAUGGAUGAGAAAAGGGCUCGGGACGGUGGUGUCAGUAGAAGGACAACUCAUGUGGACAUUCACAGCUCCUCACCUUGGUUACUGGAUUGCAGCGCCUUUGUCCUCCACCAGAGGUUUCUUUGGACUUGCCAUCCCCAUUGACUUCAUCUUACAUCACUCAUCUCUCCUGAUGGUUAUCUUCGGAGGAAUGCUUGUUAUUGUCAUCUGUCUUCUGGUUGGCUUAUUGUUUUAUCGCAGACGUUCGCUCAGUGAAACUAAAACAAAGAAAAUCCUCCCGGCGGUGAGAAGAGACCAAACCACCUCCACAUGUGACGAUGAAGUCUUUGAAGAAGCUUCAGCGGACUCCUCUCAUCCACAAAAUGGACUGAACCAAUUACUGGCAGAGAGGGGGGAUAAUCGGCACAACGCCUCUGUUAUUUCUAUGCACAGCGGCAGUGUGAUAGCCAACAAGGCUGUGGCCAUCAGGGUGGAGUGUGACCAACUGGAGCUCAACACUGACCUGCGUGAUCUGAUGUGUCUUCACGACACUACAGAUCAGAUCAGAGUUCCGGCCUCUCUGACAGAGAAUUUGUUUUUCUACAACCAGCCUGUUGCCAUUCUUCACGCUCCAGCAUUCUUCCAUUUGGAGAAUCAGCCGGAGCAGCCCCAGUGGAGCAAGUCGGCCACGCUUCCCCGCGCAGGGGCUGCCACCGAGCCGCUGAGUAAAGACGACUUCACCCAAAAUCUGCCGAAAGGUCCCUCUGCUCCCCAGAACCAGGCAGUGGAAACUGAGGACCAGCUCGGGGUUCUAGAGGACUCUCGGGCAGCAACUUCCUCCAACACAUCCAGGGGUCACUUCAGCCUCCCAGAGUCAGUGUCGGUCCCAGGAACAUUGAAUAAAAUCAGAGGCAGCAGACUCUCUGUGCCUGCCUUGGCAGAACUUUCUAAAAUCCCCUCAACUCAGCCUCCUCGGGCCUGGUUUGUAUCACUGGAGGGCAAACCUGCAGCUGAGAUCCAUUACGCAGUGUCCGAGCAGCAGAGGAGACGACGGCCAGUCGAGAGUCGAGAAACCAGUUUAGACUCAGGAGUGGACAUGAGCGAACUGAACCAGACAUCUGGAAGGAGGGCUGUAACUCUGGAGCGCAAAGCUACUUUUGUCAAAAGCACAUCCAGCAGUAAACAUGCACCUCCACAGUAAAAACUCUUAACCGUCUACAGCCCUCUAAGUUUGUAUAAGCAGCAUCAGUUAUCUAUGACACGUAACCUGUUUAACUCAUUGCUUGAUUUUUUUUACAUUAAAAGGUGCAAUGUGUAAGACAUGGGCUGAAUUUUAAUUAAAAACAUUUAAAAGAAUAAACUAACAGCCCACUGUGACUGUGGGGUUCGUGCUGCCGCUGACAUGAGGUUCGUCUCUUCUUUCAGCGGGGUGGUCUCCUGGGAGCUGAACAUUGGGGGGGGGGAUUCAAUCUAUCAAAGCGUAUACGGACCGAACAAACAUGUGUGGCACAGACACACAGAUUGGUAAAGUAAACUAGGCUGACGCUACAAAUGAAGAAUAUGAGACAGAAGUGUUAUUUUGACCGUUUUAUAGAGUUUCAGCUCUUUGGCAGGAUGUUGCGUAUUGUUGCCCUGCUGUUAGUAUAGUAUUAGUUUUUUUUUUAUAAAUAUUGCCUGUACAUUUUGAUUGUAUGAUCCCAGUAAGAGAGGUGAGAUGCUGAACCCUGUUUCCUUGGAACAUGUGGCCGCGGUUUACACAUUGUACUUUAAUGUUGGGGGUAGAGGCCGUACUACCAUCAGAUUCCACACACUCUGCGAUAGCGGCUGUUGUUCCUGCACACGUGUCCAAAGCAGAGCAUGUGGAUGUAGCAGGUGCUUUUUAACAGCCUGUCUUAUCUCUUAUCUCCCUGCCUCAACAGUCGCUCUCAACCAGAAAUACAUUUUGCAAAGUGUCAAAAAGCAUUUCAUACUGAUGAGGUACAUAUUUGCAGUUGCCCUAUUUGUCUGACAGAGACAGCAUGUGAUUGAGAUUAAUGAGGUCAAACUCUGCCAUAAUGACCGGUUAUAAACCUUUAUUUCCUCAUGAUUAACGGACAGACUACCAUAGCUGACUGAAUGCUACUGUAGGCUUGUUAUUUUAACGCUGUCAUUUGAUUUGCAUAUUUGUUUGUGAAUGUUUUUGUGUAAAUUGUCAUGAAGUGAAUCAUUUCAUUAUAUUUUAAUUAAAAAAACUGACCUUGGU